AGUCAAGAUGGAGGCAUGGUGGCUUCAACACAAUGGUGUGGGAGAGCCAAGCUGGAGGCAUGGUGGCUUCAACACAAUGGUGUGGGAGAGCCAAGCUGGAGGCAUGGUGGCUUCAACACAAUGGUGGGGGAGAGCCAAGCUGGAGGCAUGGUGGCUUCAACACAAUGGUGUGGGAGAGCCAAGCUGGAGGCAUGGUGGCUUCAACACAAUGGUGGGGGAGAGCCAAGCUGGAGGCAUGGUGGCUUCAACACAAUGGUGUGGGAGAGCCAAGCUGGAGGCAUGGUGGCUUCAACACAAUGGUGGGGGAGUUCCAAGAUGGAGGCAUGGUGGCUUCAACACAAUGGUGUGGGAGAGCCAAGCUGGAGGCAUGGUGGCUUCAACACAAUGGUGGGGGAGAGCCAAGCUGGAGGCAUGGUGGCUUCAACACAAUGGUGUGGGAGAGCCAAGCUGGAGGCAUGGUGGCUUCAACACAAUGGUGGGGGAGAGCCAAGCUGGAGGCAUGGUGGCUUCAACACAAUGGUGUGGGAGAGCCAAGCUGGAGGCAUGGUGGCUUCAACACAAUGGUGGGGGAGUUCCAAGAUGGAGACAUGGUGGCUUCAACACAAUGGUGGGGGAGUUCCAAGAUGGAGACAUGGUGGCUUCAACACAAUGGUGUGGGAGUUCCAAGAUGGAGACAUGGUGGCUUCAACACAAUGGUGGGGGAGUUCCAAGAUGGAGACAUGGUGGCUUCAACACAAUGGUGUGGGAGUUCCAAGAUGGAGACAUGGUGGCUUCAACACAAUGGUGUGGGAGAGCCAAGCUGGAGGCAUGGUGGCUUCAACACAAUGGUGGGGGAGUUCCAAGAUGGAGGCAUGGUGGCUUCAACACAAUGGUGUGGGAGUUCCAAGAUGGAGACAUGGUGGCUUCAACACAAUGGUGUGGGAGUUCCAAGAUGGAGACAUGGUGGCUUCAACACAAUGGUGUGGGAGUUCCAAGAUGGAGGCAUGGUGGCUUCAACACGAUGGUGUGGGAGUUCCAAGCUGGAGGCAUGGUGGCUUCAACACAAUGGUGUGGGAGAGCCAAGCUGGAGGCAUGGUGGCUUCAACACAAUGGUGGGGGAGUUCCAAGAUGGAGGCAUGGUGGCUUCAACACAAUGGUGUGGGAGUUCCAAGAUGGAGACAUGGUGGCUUCAACACAAUGGUGUGGGAGUUCCAAGAUGGAGACAUGGUGGCUUCAACACAAUGGUGUGGGAGUUCCAAGAUGGAGGCAUGGUGGCUUCAACACGAUGGUGUGGGAGUUCCAAGCUGGAGGCAUGGUGGCUUCAACACAAUGGUGUGGGAGUUCCAAGCUGGAGGCAUGGUGGCUUCAACACGAUGGUGGGGGAGUUCCAAGAUGGAGACAUGGUGGCUUCAACACAAUGGUGUGGGAGAGCCAAGAUGGAGGCAUGGUGGCUUCAACACAAUGGUGUGGGAGAGCCAAGCUGGAGGCAUGGUGGCUUCAACACGAUGGUGUGGGAGUUCCAAGAUGGAGACAUGGUGGCUUCAACACAAUGGUGGGGGAGAGCCAAGCUGGAGGCAUGGUGGCUUCAACACAAUGGUGGGGGAGUUCCAAGAUGGAGACAUGGUGGCUUCAACACGAUGGUGUGGGAGAGCCAAGCUGGAGGCAUGGUGGCUUCAACACAAUGGUGUGGGAGAGCCAAGCUGGAGGCAUGGUGGCUUCAACACAAUGGUGGGGGAGUUCCAAGAUGGAGGCAUGGUGGCUUCAACACAAUGGUGGGGGAGUUCCAAGAUGGAGGCAUGGUGGCUUCAACACAAUGGUGGGGGAGUUCCAAGAUGGAGGCAUUGUGGCUUCAACACAUCACCCCUAAUUAGUAAUCUAGUGUGUAUAUUUAAAUCAUUGGGCUCAGCAUCUGCUCUGACCAACAACUGUCUGUCAUGUGCGCGCAAAGAAAUAGAUCAUGCUGCAGGCAGC